AUGAACUCUUUCUUCGGCUUCGAUACUACGCUACCUCCUCUUCGCCCGGACGAGUUGACUACUUUGGAAGAAGACAAAGCUGACAAAGACGAUUUGGACAAACAGAUAGAAGAUUAUGCCCUUGAAACGGGCGAAAACUGCGAAGUGUACGAUUUUGAAGAAGAUUUGGCUGGUAAACUAGAAGAAGAACGAGACGAUCUCAACGACGAAACGUUCGCUGAUAGUAAAGAAGAUAUUGGUACCGACUUUGAUUGGACAAAGUAUGGACCGCUCCCUAAACGCGAUAACGAAGAUCUCAAAGAAUCAACACAGUCGACACAGCCAAUACAACCAAUACAACUGACACGAUCGACCAUUUCAUCACAAUCAACACAUACAACACGAGACUUUCAACCUGCUUCCGUCGACAAUCUAUUACGUUACCCUUCUCCGUUAUCAGUUCCAUCAACUUCCCACAUUUCAUUAUCUGCCGUCAAUCCUCCAUCAAUACCCCAUACAACAUCCCCACCUCCGCCGGGCUUUAAUCACACGCUGCCAACGCGAACAUCAGUAUCGUCUCUCGAAGAGAUCGAAGCACAAUUUAUUAGCCAACAAAUGCAGCAAGCACAACGGUCACAGCGGGUACAAGGAAUGCAAAAACCGCAACGACUCCAAUCAAUACCCCCAAUACAGUCCUUUCCCCAAAUACAACCUCAAUCCUCACCACGACCUGACAAGAUAAUUUAUAGUUUAGCAGAAGUAGAAGCUGCUCUGAUGAAUAUGAAUAUCAACGGAAGACAGCAGAUGCUCAUGUUUCCGCCGGUAGAUACAAGUUUUCUAGAAAGGGAGACAUCGGAAAGAGAUGCCUCUACUAGAGAACAAGAAGCAUGGUUGUUGGAAAGAGAAAAACGGAGGUUAGAGAAGCAGAGGAAGAUGGUGGAGAUGGAUGUGGUUGUCAGGGGAGAAUUAUAUAAUAAUUAUCUAUGGCGUUAUCUUACGUUUCUCCAAAAACUUUUUCAAAAAAAAAAAAAAAAGGCAAAGUACAACGGUCUAAUGUCACAAGGCGAUAAAGAUUAUGUCAACCGUAUUCAAAUAUCUCAACUGGUGACAGAUGACCCGUAUUCAGAUGACUUUUAUUAUCAAGUCUAUGCUGCCAUGCGUAAUCGCCAAGACCCGAAUAUCGGAACUUUUUCACCAAAUUUUCGGACGGGUGGUGGCGGCUAUGGUGGUCAUGGUGGAUAUGAUAGAGGCCGACACCGAAAUCGUGGGUCUGACAACGGAUUGCUCAAGAUGCAGCAGCAAUUGUUAAGAAUCGUUCAAGAUGCAAAGAGAAAGCCUAAAUUAACUCAACUAUCUCUCGAGGGCGCUCUAGGCAAAAUAGCAUUAAAUUCUGUCCGUAAUCCACGUCAACUCCUCCAGGUGUCAUCGAAACACGAACCUUCCCACCAUCCCGGUACAUCUUCCGCCUCUACUCAUCAGAGACGUCCGUCACUUUCUUUACAUGGAGCAGCUGCUCGUAAAAAGGUACUAAGAGCGAUUGAGAAUGUUUAUAACGCCGUGUUGAAGUUGGAAGAACUACGGAGAAAUCAACCAAACAGAUCGAGAGUAUACGGUGGGGAGAACGAGAAAGAAGCCUUUGAAAAUUGGAAUAACGAAUAUACAGAAGUAGCAAGGACUAUGUGGGAAGAAUUGUCAGUGAUGGAGCCAACCACAAUUCUAAGCAUAUCAAAAGGCAAAAAAGUAACUCCUCGCGCCCUCCGCCAUUGCCAUCCUGACCAAAUACUUGCGAUGCUUACAAUGCUCGUAGCCAAUUUCGAAUCGCUCGACGUAUGCAAGAAUGAAAUUUGGAACCAAACGGAGAUGGUGUCAACAAGUGUUAUGGAGGAAGUAGAAUUGUUUAUGAAUACCGUGGUGCCGCCGUUGCUACAAUUUAUUACAGAAGCGCCGUUGAAGAUUGUUAUUGGAUUGCUGGCGCUAUUUAUUGAAAGAAAUAAUAUUGUUUGCGUCGCUAAAAGCAAGGUCGGGUUGGCAUUUUUGACAAUGUUUUUGAGUCGAGCGGAGAUUUUGAAACAGGGUCGUGGAAGUAUGCAUAGCCACCCACAGACCGAAGAAAGAGAAUUCUUGCAGUGGCAAGAGCUAUAUAACCACCUUUUUACAUUACUUCAAACACACUUUUUAUCACUGUUUCCGCCAUUUAUUACGGGGAUAGAUGAUAUGUACGUCUGGCAAUUUUUGGCCGCUAUGGCUGUUGGGGCUUCGCAUGAGCAGCAGUCGAUUUUAGUAACUGAAGUGAGAGAACGAGUGAUGGAGACGCUUUUCCAAGUGAAGCUUCAGUCUGAUAAAGCGUACCAGAAAAUUAACAAUGUCAAUUUAUUUUUACAUGCUUUGGGAUUGGAUGCUUCUCAAAUAAGUAUCUGA